AGUGAGAAACCCAACUUGUGACUUGUUCACCAUCAGCAUCAUCAUCUCACUUGGACGACACAACAAAACAACACACGAAAACUUUUGUACCUCAAAAAGUCAGUCGAAAAAGACGACGACGGCGUUGACCGGAAAUUCAGCCCCCUCAGAAACGAUACCUUAUCUUACCUACCUCAAAGUGGGAAGUGUUACUAGAAUGCGCAGCUGGAGCUGGUCGACACAAAUUCGGAUGGAGGAGACCUGAAGUUUGAAAGUAGGAAUGACAACAAAGUCACCACCACCACCACCACUAUCAUUACCAACUAAUAAGAAAGCCGAUAACACCAAGUUUAUCAAUAUUCGCUCAGUGAUAAGUUGUUCCGUUCAAUGAAGCACUCACAGUACAGCGUCCAGCAGAGGGCUAGGGGGUGUAUCGAAGAGGAGUCGCUUAUCAAUCAAAAAUUGCCCAAGGAACUUCUGCUCCGUAUUUUCUCCUUUUUAGAUAUCAUCUCAUUGUGUAGAUGUGCCCAGGUGUCGAAACCGUGGAAUCUUCUCGCCCUGGAUGGGUCCAAUUGGCAGAAGAUUGACCUUUUCAACUUCCAGACGGACAUUGAGGGUGCCGUUGUUGAAAACAUUGCACGAAGAUCGGGUGGUUUUCUCAAGAAGUUGAGCCUCCGUGGGUGUCAAUCCGUGGGUGACAACGCUCUCAAAACAUUUGCACAGCAAUGUCACAAUAUUGAAGAGUUGAAUUUGGAAGAGUGUAAACAAAUUACGGACGCAACUUGUGUGAGCCUUAGUCGCAACGGGAGAAAACUUCAGCGCUUAGAACUCGCUUCCUGUUCCAAUAUUACCGAUGAAUCUUUAAAAGCCUUGGCAGAAGGAUGUUCAAAUCUUGUACAUUUGAAUAUUUCCUGGUGUGACAAUAUCACCGAGAAAGGAGUAUCUGCUCUUUCUCGUGGAUGUAAUAAACUGAAAAGUUUUGUAGCCAAAGGGCGAUUGUUUAUCGACAAUGAUUCCGUCAUGCAUCUCGCAGAGUACUGUCCUCUUUUGGAAGUUCUCAAUUUUAACGGGGCAGCUUCUAUAACUGACGACUCUAUUCAGAAGCUAGCCCAAAAUUGUCCCAACAUUCAUUACCUCUGUGUAUCUGGAUGUGCGAACCUUACCGAUACCUCGUUAAUGGCUUUGGCUCAACAUUGUCAUAAACUGAGUACAUUUGAGGCUGCGGGUUGUUCCCAAUUUACGGAUGGUGGAUUUCAAGCUUUAGCCAGAAACUGCCACUAUUUGGAAAAAAUGGAUCUGGAGGACUGUGUUUUAAUCUCGGAUAAUACCCUGACUCAUCUUGCUGCUGGGUGUCCACGACUGGAACAAUUGACUUUAUCACAUUGUGAACUAAUUACUGACGAUGGGAUUCGCCAACUUGGUAUGGCACCCUGCUCAGCGGAACAUCUCACCAUCCUCGAGUUGGAUAAUUGUCCGUUAAUCACAGACGCUUCUUUGGAACAUCUCGUCUCCUGCCAUAAUUUACAGAGAAUUGAAUUGUAUGACUGUCAAUUGAUUACACGUGCUGGAAUUCGUAGACUUCGAAAUCAUUUGCCAAACAUCCGGGUUCACGCCUAUUUUGCUCCAAUGACGCCACCCCCACCCGUGGGAGGAUCUCGCCAGCGAUAUUGCCGUUGUUGCGUGAUAUUGUGAACAACGACUCUCUCUCUAUCUCUCUUCCUCCCAACUGGAAAUAUAAUUGCAGAAGAAAUUUUUUAUUGUGACAUUUAUUGCACAACUCUCCUUCAUUCAUCGGCAGCCUUACUUGUGACAUAUUGUAAAAACUAUUAGAAGGGAAAGUAGUCGUGCUCCGUCAAAAAUUCACUUUUUAAACAAACCGUGGUAAAAAACCGAUAUGGAGUCAUUUUUACAAUCAAGCAAAAAAAUUUAGUACAAUCUUGUUCGCGAUAUUGGUUGCAGAUAUAUGUAUAUGAUUCUGAAAAGUAUAAUUGUCCCGUGUCGAUCCUAAACAGUAAUUUACAUUUUUUGUUAUCACGUUCCUUUUUGCAAUGGGUUGUGGCAUGAUUUUAAACUAAAUCUCCUGUUAAUUUUAAUUAUGUAGAUUUCAAACCAAAGAAGAUGUAUAAUAAGUACGUACGUAACGCAUCGAUUAGAACACAACCUUCCCUGCUUAUCAUACCCUGUGAUUUCUACCUAUCGUUGAGUCGUUCCUCUUCAUGAUAAUUUUUUACAGGUGUGUUACAUGCAAACAAUUAAUGAGGCAAUUUACGUCAAUCCACUUUUGUGAAUGUGUAAGCUACGUCAACUUUGUAAAAUUACCAAGUUUUUAUACAAAGUUUGCAAACAUCUUUGAUGAUUGCAAGUCUUCAAAAUGGUUUACACGGUAGCGUGACGUGAAUAUACCUCACAAUUCCAUUCACUGUGCAGAGUCGAUAAUUUUUAAUAACUAUUUAAAUACAAUAUGCGCUUGUUCCAAUGAUUUUUAAUUAAGAAGAAAACUACAAAUUUUUAAAGCUGGUAUUAUACGAAUACAUGAUAACUAUGUAACUUUGCAUGAAAUGAAAUCAAUCUCUUAUUCUCUAGUGCCCCAAAAAAUGAAUUGUAAUACUGAGAUUAGAAGAAAAUGAUCGUGUAGCAAUUAUAUUAUUGUUAUAUUCUACUUACUACCUGUCGUACUGUUAACUAAUGACGUGUGACUAUCAUUAUAUUAAUCUUAUCGGCAAUUAUAAUAGCUAUCAUGAAAAAUGGGUGUCUAUUUGUAACUAAAAUACCAGUUUUUUUUGCGGGUGGCUGUAUUUAAGAAUUACACAGGAAGAAAGCGUGUGUAGAUAGUUAAUGACCCUGACCAAAGCUACAUAAGUAAUUAUUAUGACAUAUUUACAUAAAUACUACUAAAUACCUACAGGUGUGUGCUAUCUGUCGACUAUACUAUCAUAAUCUAGUAAGGCUAGAAAUCUAAUUGUUGUUAUUACGCAAAAAUGAUGAUGACGAUGAUGAUUGUUACUUAAAAUACGCUAAAUCGUUCGCAUAUUCGCAGUUAAAAGUGUUACAAGAAGAUCUGCAAAACAUCCCUUAAUUUUUCGUUUGUUUGUUUGUACAGCGGUAGUACAUUGUAUUUUACGCCUUCGCAUAAUUCUUAUUAAACACAGUUAUCUAAAAGCUGGAUAAGUUAUUAUAUUAUUAUUUGCGCGAUUCCUUUCAUCAUGUUAAAACUACUUUUACCUCUAAAUUAAGCGUCUUAUGAAGAGCUUUGUAUGUGAAAAUGGUGGUAAUUUUGGGAUUAAAUUCAUGACGAUAUUUAAGUAAAUGAGUAAAGUCGAGGGGUGAAAGAGUUAACGAAGAAUUUGUUGUUGUUGUUGUUGUAAGUAAUUGUAUAUGAAUUUUCCUUGUGUACAAGUAAUUAAACUGAUUUAAAUGACGUUUACACGGACGACAUACUCGCUAUGUGGCACCGUCAACGACAACAACCAUGCAUACCUCUUCUAUAUAUAUUUAUACGAUGUGACAAUUACUGCAAUUAUGCAGUCUAAUGUUCCUCCAGAACCAGAAAUUUUGUAAGUGUGUACUUAGACACUAAAAAAUAGGUAUCUACUUCUGCUGAAUGCUGUUGUUGUUGUUGUUGAUGUUUGUUAUAUUAUGCUGCUGCUGCUACCGCUAAAUGUCGUCGUUAAUUAAUUAAUUAAUUAAUUAACUUUUUGUCGUAAUAAAGAAAAAGUAAAUUACAUACGCAAAA